UAGUCAUUGUACAUUCGUGUGUAAAUACAGACGUUCGUUAAUCGGUUGUUCGUUAUUGAGUCACCACAAUUGGCGACGAGGAAAAAAUUUUUUGCGCGGUAAUCGUGCGCGUUAAAAUGUACCGAUUUCGCGCUCUCGGAUGAUUUUUUUUUAUCGAAAAUUAAUUAAAUCAUUCGUAAAUAGGUAAAUCGCGAAUAAAUGAUUUUUAUGACAGAAAUUUUCGCGUGUGAAAUGGUGAAAAAAGUGCCAAUUUCAUUACCUACCUUUUCAACCAUUCUACUCAGCUACCUUCAAUAAUCACAGUCACACUCAGCUAUUUUCACUCAGUCAACUCAGCUAUUUUCACUCUACUCAGACACAUCUCAGCCUUCAAACUCAGCACCAUGAACGCAGACGAACUUCAGAGAAUUUUAGCUGAACAAAAUACUCAGUUUCAAGCAAUUUUGCAAGCAGCUUUAACUCAAAGUCGAAAUACUCCUCGGACACCAGAAAACACUGAAAAAUUUGAUGCUUUUGAUUCAAAGAAAGAAAAGUUCACAAAUUACAUCGCUCGUUUCGAAGACUACACAGCUACAAAAAACAUCACUGAUGUUGAAAAGAAAGCCGGAUUAUUACGUACUUCAAUUGGUUCUACCCAUUAUAAUAAACUUGCCGCUUUCUUGGGACCUGAUAAAUCAAUCCAGAACCUAUCUUACGCUGAUUUAAAAACUUCGUUCAACGAUCUAUUGGUUCCACGUCAAAGUGUCAUCAUAUCAAGGCAUUAUUUUCUAGAAACGCAGCAAAAAGAAAAUCAAAAUAUUGCCGAAUUCGUUGCCUCGCUUCAGGACAAGGUGGUAAAUUGUCAAUUCACUGUUGAAUGCGAGUGUAAAAAGCAGGUAUCCUGUGCCAAACUAUUCUUAGCAGCUCAAGUGGUUCGUGGUAUUAAAGAGCCAUGGAUUAAAGAACAGGUACUCCAGACAGACUCUGAUGAUUAUGAUAAAAUUGUGGAAAAAGCAAUUUCAUUGGAAGCUUCGCGAAUUGAGAGCAGAGAAUUGAGCAAAAAUACUCCGAAUACAAUACCAGGUAACUCAGAUGUAAAUAAAUUAUCUCGCGCUUUCAAUCGCGACUCCCGUUCUCAGAAUCGUUAUAAUGAUCACAGUAAACAACGAAAUCGUUCACACAGUCGAGGUUAUUCGAAAAAUCAUUAUCGAAGUAAUACGCCAGCAAAACGUAGAUCGAAAAUCGAUUAUAAAAAGCUGGGAAUUGAUGGGUUAUGUCUCCGUUGUGGUAGAAAUAACCAUUCUGUAUCAGAUUGCACUGUUGAUCGAAAUAAAUUAAAAUGCACGUCAUGCAACAAGCCAGGUCAUCUCCCAAAGGUGUGUAUUACCACCCUCAUGUCAAAUUCAAAAUCAAAUGAAUCCAGUGUCAAAAUCUCCGAGCCUACAAACUAUGCAACAUAUUCUCAGUAUGUAGACAAUUAUCAUGUCGUUGACCUUUAUAAGCUUGAAGAAAACAGUGUCAAUACUGAUGAUAAAUAUUUCAUUGAAGUAGGUAUCAAUGGAAAAUCGAAGAGAAUGGAAGUUGACACAGGUGCUAAAUUUUCGUUGAUACCUGAUGAUGAAUUCAAAAAAUUGGGAAUUCGAGCACCAAUCAAAGAAGCAAAAAUCGCUUUUCGUUCGUUUUCCGGAGCCAUAACGCCAGCUCUAGGUUAUGUUACUGUUGAUGUUUCCUACAAAGAUAGGAAAACUCGUUCAAAUUUGUACAUUGUGCCUCCAGGUCAUGCUACAUUAAUGGGCCGCGAAUGGAUUCGCACCUUAAAGGUUACUCUUGAAGAACUUGACCUUGAUCAGCAAAAAUCAAAUUCCUUUGAUUACCCAGUUUACACAUCUGAGGCUACACCACAAGAAAAAUUAUCAUCGAUAUUAGAAGAAUACUCUGAACUUUUUGAACCCAAAAUAGGUCGCAUUCCGAAUUUCGCCGUAAACCUACAACUCCGUGAAAAUGCAACGCCUAAACUGCUACGUGAGCGAACUGUUCCCUAUGCUUUACGUUCAAAAGUUGAUGCCGCUCUAGAUGUACUCGAAAAACAAGGAAUUAUAACUCCAGUCAGCUCUUCAGACUGGGGAUCGCCUCUAGUUGUCGUUUUAAAACAAGACAACGAAGUUCGUCUCUGUAUCGAUUACAAGGUCACUGUCAAUGUGCAGCUAGUAGAUGCCAGUUACCCAAUUUCCAGGGUUGAAGAAAUUUUAGAUCUGCUAGUAAACGCCACGCACUUUUGUAAAUUGGACCUAUAUCAAGCUUACAUGCAUAUGUGUGUAAAUGAAGCCUCCAGUAUAAUUCAAACCAUUGUAACACAUCGUGGGUCAUAUCGAAUGAAUCGUUUGGGUCCUGGUGUAAAAAUUGCGCCAUCUGAAUUCAACAGAAAAAUGAAAGAAAUAUUGCUAAAUUGUCCCGGAACUGCAAAUUUCUUUGAUGACAUAAUCGUAUAUGGGUCAUCCUUGGAGGAGUGUUUAGAAAACCUCCGUAAGUGUCUAGAAGCACUGAAGAAAAAUGACCUUCAUCUAAAUAAGAAAAAGUGCAAAUUUCUUCAAGAAAAAACAACAUACCUCGGUUUCGUAAUUGAAAAAGGGAAAAUAGGUAAAUCACCAGAAAAGAUGGAGGCUGUGAAAAAUCUACCUAGACCAAAAGAUGCUGAUGAAAUUCGUAGGUUCAUUGGGUUAAUAACGUAUUACCAUCGAUUUAUUCCAAAUUUAUCAAACCUCACUGCACCACUCAGAGCUCUGCUGAAGAAAAAUGCUAAAUUUUUCUGGUCUUCAGAAUGUGAAUCAGCAUUCAUCAAAUUAAAAGAAGAAAUAUGCAGUGAUCGUGUUGUUGUACCUUUUGACCCAAUGAAACCAUUAAUUUUAACCACUGACGCAAGUCCAGUUGGGGUCGGAGCUGUUCUCUCUCAUUUCAGUGAUGGAGAGGAGCGGCCUAUCGCUUAUGCCUCAAGAUCGUUAACUCCGGCAGAAAAAAAUUACUCUCAGCUUGAUAGAGAGGCUCUCGCGAUUAUUUUUGCAACGACCUACUUCUACAAUUACCUACUUGGAAAAAAAUUCACUCUGGUUACAGACAACGAAGCUCUGACGAGAAUUUUCGCAUCAAAUAAAAAUAUACCACAGAUGACGUCAGCCAGGCUAAUUAGGUACGCAUGUUUUCUCGCUCAGUUUAACUACGAUGUAAAAUUCAAGAAAGGUAUCGAUAAUCAAAACGUUGACUGUUUAUCUCGGGCACCAGUUGAUCCGCAAAUCAGCUAUGUUGAAAAUCUAUCAGUGAAUGUUAUGUCCGAGCCAACCAAUGAUUUUAUUCUCGGAAAUGAACCAGACCAAAUCUACACUGAUAAUAUCUUUUAUUUGUCAAACGAAAUAGUUAACUCAGCAACGAUAGCAGCUGAAACACAAAAAGAUCCAGAACUACAGCCGCUAUUACUAAAACUGCUCACCGAUAACUCGGACUACGAAUAUACGACAGCUGAUGGCAUAAUUUUUAGAAACGACCGUGUAUAUGUACCAGUGUCCUUGAGAAGUCACGUUCUCGCUGAUCUACACUUCUCUCACAUGGGUUCAACUCGUAUGAAACAAUUGGCUCGCCGAUAUGUUUAUUGGAAGGGCAUAGAUGCUGAUAUCGAACGUUACGUAAAGAAAUGUAGCGAUUGCGCCGAAUUGCGGAGAAAUCCGCCAAAAGAAAAAAUUCAUCCAUGGGACCCCCCAGCUCGGAAUUGGGAAAGAGUUCACAUGGAUUACCUCGGACCAUUUUUAGGAUAUUACGUUUUGGUAUGUGUUGAUGCCAAGUCCAAAUGGUCCGAAGUCCGAGCAGUAAAAGAAGCACCUACCUCUGAAAUUACAAUCAACCUUCUCACAGAAAUAUUCACUACUCAUGGUUUUCCUACUCGUUUAGUCUCAGAUAAUGCAACAAUUUUCAAAUCUGAGUUGUUUCAAAAUUUUUGCAAGAAAAAUGGAAUUCACCAGAGAUUUAUUGCUCCAAAUUUUCCACAAACCAAUGGUUUAGCUGAACGCAGUGUACAAACUUGGAAACGCAGACUUCUUGCCAUGCAGUCAGAGGCUGAUUCGACUUCAAUUCAUGAAAAAUUACGUCAAAUCACCCUCCGUUAUCAUGCAACGCCGCUCGCUUCCGGUCUUUCCCCGGCAGAACAAUACCUAGGCCGUAAAUUGAAAAUUAGCCUAGAUGCGUUUUUUCCAUACCAUGAGCCAAGCCAUAAAAAAACGCCGUCAGUUCGACAAUUCAACGUUGGCAACACAGUUCAGGCUCGUAUUUUUACUAAUCAAAAACUUGUAUGGGCACGCGGUGUUGUUGCUGAGAAGUAUGGAACGCGUCAUUAUUUAAUUACACUGGAGAACUCCGGACGACAAAUAAAAAGGCAUAUCGAUCAACUCGUACCCGCCUGGGAACAAGGUAAUAAAGCCGUCACUUUCGGUCCAACGCAGUCCUUUGAUGUGCCGAAGUCACCGCAUCAAAAUACAACGCCUAAUACCAGCGCCGCUGAAAUGCCUACAACCAGCGACGCUGCAACCUGUCCAGCUCGAUCAGCUGGAAGUACCGAUCCAAGCGCGCCUCCAACAGUGCGCCGAUCAUCGAGGAAAGCGCCGCCUCCGGCGCGAUUCAACGAUUAUAUUCGAUAAUUUUACAUUAUUUUAUUCCUAUACUAUUAUCCGUAUUCAUAAUACUUUUAUUCAUACUCGUUAUUUCAAUCAAUAUUCAAUAUUGUAAUUUUUUUUUAGAAAUCAAACUAUUUUUAAUCAUAUUUUUAACUUUUUUUUAAAAUCAAAAAACUUUCAAAAUUUCAAGUUUUCAACUCAAAUUUUUCAAUUUUUUUUUUCUCUCUUGCAGGGGGAGAUUGUUAUGGAACUAGAUGUUAGGUUAGAUGUAGAGUUAGAGACUAUAGUUAGUCAUUGUACAUUCGUGUGUAAAUACAGACGUUCGUUAAUCGGUUGUUCGUUAUUGAGUCACCACACCGUAUUACCAAUGAUGCAUAAAUUCUGGCACCAUAUAAAGUGUACGCCAAUAACAUAUCCAAGAGCAGGAAGCAAUCUUAGAUUCAGAUUAAUGAAGAAAAUUCAUCAAGAUGCUCUCGGUUGACCUUUUUAAAAAGAAUCUCUUCAAGGAGAGUAUUAUUUUCCAGUCAAAUGAGAAUGAUUGCUUGCGUACUAAAAUAUGCCGAUUAGUGUCCAGUGAUUCUACAUAAAUAGGUAAGGUUGAUUUACGUUGCGUAAAAUGUAUUUUUCCAUGUAGCUCAAAUGUUUAAAUUGCAUGUUACCGAGCUGUUUUCUUUUCAUAUGUACCAAUUAGAAAA